CACAUCCACGGACACAAUCCACGGACACAUCCACGGACACAUCCACGGACACAUCCACGGACACAUCCACGGACAGCGGCCGCCCGGCGCCGAGGGGAGGUGUUGCGUGCAUUGGGACACUUGCAUCAGUCAGUUGUACGUGUGGCAGCUGCACUGGUGUUGCUGUUUAAUCUGUCUGCGUGUUGGCUAUGGGAGAUUGGAGAGUGGAAAUCAUGCCUGUUCCAGAACCGACACCAGAUAGCAAGGAAUUUAUUUAUCACUGCACAUCCAGAUCAAGAAUGUCUCCCUGCAACAGCUUUGUUGAAUCACUGUCUCUAAACACCAGUCAUAAUUUGAGUUUGUUUUGCACGAAUGAGAAUGUACAAGAAUGCAUCGCUUACCUCAACCAGGAACUCGCCACCUUGGGAUUCCCCUCGUUUUACACGGAGGACUCGCGGCAGGAGCUGAACCUGGUGGUCAUUUUGAACGGCACGUAUGAGCUCCUCCAACUUCAUCGCAAAAGUCUCCGCACUCUGGAGGACAUGGAGACGCAACACCUGAGGUCCAGCAGUGACAUGGACCACCUGUACCACAGCCAGGUCAAACUAAAGGAUCAACUGGAGUCUUCCCGGAGAGAGGUUGUGUCAUGUCAGGAGAAGGACAGGCAGCUGCAGUUGAAGAACAGAGCUUUACAUAGUUUACUGAAGAACGAAAAGGAAGAGAUACAAAAAUUACAAAGUAUAAUAGCAAGUCGAGCAACCCAGUACAAUCAUGACUUGAAGAGAAAGGAGCGGGAAUAUAAUAAACUGAAAGAGCGCUUGCACCAGCUGGUCAUGGACAAGAAAGAUAAGAAGCUGUGUAUUGACAUCCUUAAUUACGUGGGGCGGUCGGAUGGGCGGCGGAGUGCUUGGCGCACCAGCAAAACGGAAGCCAGGAAUGAAGGGGAAAUGUACAAAGCCCUCAUCAAUAACUACGAGAGGCAUCACAAAGAGCUGAUGGUGGAAAAUAUCGAACUGAAACAAGUCCUCCAGCAGAUGAAGAGAGAGAUGAUGUCCGUACUGAACCGUAGAAAGCAACGGUCAAAAGAGCCGUUGGAAGAUAGCAGUGGUCUGGUUGGGUCGGACAAUGAGGAGGAUUCCCGUGAGUCAAAUAAAGUAAACGGCUUGGAGCUGUCGUGCGAGGAGGUGCGGGAACAACUAACCAACAGCAUCCGGCAACAGUGGAGAAUGCUGAAGAGCCACGUGGAGAAGCUCGACUCACAAGCAGCCUUGACGUCGGGCUUCCUGGACAGCGAGGAGAUCAGCAGGGACGAUCAUGAGCAGGAAGUGGAGAGGAUGAAGAUGGAAAUCCGGCAGUGUCGAGAUGUGAUCAAGGGGCAGCAGCAGCUGUUGCAGCAACAGCUUAGUACGCAGUGUGACGAUGAAACUGCCGUACUACUGCGGGACUGCUACUUACUGGAAGAGAAGGAACGACUGAAAGAAGAGUGGACCUUGUUUAAUGACCAGAAGAUAAACUUUGAGAGGGAAAGAAGACACUUUACCGAAGCAGCUAUUCGGCUGGGCCACGAGAGGCAGGUUUUUGAAGAAGAUCGAGCCACGUGGCUGAAGCAGCAGUUCUUGAACAUGACCCCGUUUGGGGAGAGCAAAAGGCCAAAAAUAAUGAAUCCACAAAGUGCCUUGUCUAUUGGUGCGGAGCAGGAGAAGUACAAGAUCCAGCCACAGCCAAAUAAACCCGCUUAUCUCCGACCUAAUAGUACACCCGAACCUUCCAAAAAUACCAAAUUCCCACCAAUAAAGAGUUCCACCGAACCGGCUGCAACAGAGUGUCUGACUGCUGGCUCUAGCUCGAGACAUGUACCAAAAAGAGGAAGUUCGUUGGGGAGUUCGGAGAUGAACAGAAACAGCAAUGGAAUCUCACAUGCAAAGUGUAGGAGCACCUUGAAGCCAGGCCUGGAUCUCUCACAUUUUAAUGGCUCCAUGUCUUGGAAACAUUCGCAGGACGAAGGCGACUCGGACGAAAGUUCUCUGCAAUCUGCAAGUGAACUGGGCUUCAAUUGAUCGGUGGGGAUGGCACAAACUAGUUCCCCGGACUGUGUAAUGCGACACAGAGGCCUCGGCAUAACGCACUUGCAUUCAAGCCCAUCGUACUGACAUUUGACGUCACUUCAGCCAGCACUUUGUAUGUUGAGUGGAAACUAUCCAGAUUGUAACUGUGAAGUCCAGACGACUUUUUUUUUUGGCUUUCCAAUGGUGCACUAGGGUUUAUUACAAAUUGGGUCUGAAUUAUCUCAUUUUAAAUGCAUCUGUUUUUGAUGAUUUCUCUUGCUGAUUUUACAUAGAUUAAUUUUUUUAAUUUAAAAAGAAAAAAGAUUUUUUGCUUUUGAUUUGUUGAUGUAAGUAAUGUGAGCCACUACAGAAGCUGGGAUGAUUUUAUUUAAUGUACUUGUGGUGUGAAUGAAUCGAGCACACAUCAGACCACUCCAAGCAACGGUUCUACCGGGUCCUUGUUCUGACAGAGGUUUAAUCAGGAGGUUUUUAAAAUUAUAUUAUAUAUUUAGUUAGGUUCUGCUCUAAAUGUAACACAUUAAUUUUUAGUCCUUGAUACAUGGGACAAUAAUAAAUGUGUUUGCAGGAGGUGCACCUUAAGUUAA